AGACUGAAUUACUGUUACCUCUCAGAGAGAAGCUGUGAAGCUCUGGCCUCAGUUCUCAGCUCCCAGUCCUCUAAUCUGAGAGAGAUGGAUCUGAGUAACAACAACCUGCAGGGUUCUGGAUUCAAGCUGCUGUUUUCUGGACUGAAGAGUCCAAACUGCAAACUGGAAACUCUCAGACUUGGUGGCUGUUUGCUCUCUGAGGCUGAAUGUGAAAUUUUGGCCUCAGCUCUGAAGUCCAACCUUCAUCUGACUGAAGUGGAAAUAGAGAAGAUCUAUGGAGAUGGAAUCUAUGAAUACUUUAGAGAGUGUGAAAUGAAUCAUGUGUGUGAGAUACUGGAGAGUUCAAUCUGCAAAGUGAAGAAACUGAGAUUGAUGAACUGCAGUUUCUCAGAGAUCAGCUGGGCUUCUCUGGGCUCAGCUCUGAAGUCUAAUCCAUCCCAUCUGACAGAACUGGACCUGGGUGGAACCAACCUGGACCCUGGAAUGAAGGAGCUCAGUGGGUUUCUCCAGUAUCCCCUCUGCAAACUACAGACAUUGAUAUUGAUUCACUGUGGUUUGACAAAGAUCAGCUGUUCUGCUCUGGUCUCUGCUCUGAAGUCAAACCCCUCACAUCUGGAAUACCUGGACCUGGAGAACAACAACCUGAAGGAUUCAGAUGUUCAGCAGCUGCAGGAUCUUGUAGAGAGUCCAGACUACAAACUGAAGCGUCUGUGGAGGUGAUGAUCUUAGUAGAGGAGAGAAGCUGAUCUGUGUCCUGAUGAUCCACAGAGGUUGAAGCUGCAGCAGUUUGAGUUUAAAGAGACUCUGACUGGAUCCUGAUGAUGAACUCUGAGUUUAGAGAUUUUUCUCCUCUUUAUUUGAUCCUGUCUGUCAUUCAGUGUCUGAUAUUGUUUUUCUCUUUGGAACAAUGGAGAUGAAAUUCAAACUAAGCUCCAUUUAGUGGCUCCAUGGAGGUUUGAUCUGAAUCUGAUCAAACUGUAAAGUUGAUCUUUUUUCUCUCUGAUUCAUUUUCAGUCUGUAACCCAGAAAUCUGAAAUAAAGCUCAAUUCUAAAGUUUUCAGGCUGCAUGUUUGCUUCAUUGUGAUGCAGUUUUUGGAUGUUUUUGAUUCUAUUCCAGAUGUUUCCUGCAGAUGUUUGGGCAGCUCUGCUCAUCUGAUCUGUUGCUGCAAACAGCUCAGUGAGGUCCCACUACAACACUUAGACCCAGAAAGGGAACAAUCGUUCUGCUGACUAAUGGCAGCUGAGAUAAGAAGGAUGGUCAGAGCCAGAGAAGGGUGCAGGUGGAGAAGGCAGGCACAUCAACAGUUACUUAUCAGAAACUGGAGGAAAUGUGAUUGUAUUCUAUUUUAUUGUAAGUCAUAGAUCGGAAAGUUUUUCUACUUUUUGUUUUUCUUGCUUUAAUAAAAAGCCUUUUGUCAUCGUUUGUCUUGUAGUAUUUUCUGAUGAAUUUGGUCCCACACUUUACUGAAUCACUCAAAACGCAUCCAAAUGAUAAGUCUGUGCAGAACGUACAAUGAGUGAGGGGCGAUGGAGGCUGGAGAAGGCUGGACCUGUUUGAAUCUAUUACUGCGCUCUUCCAGCCUCUUUAUUUUCACGGCCUCAGCUGCUGAAAUCGAACACACCCUUUAUUAAGUGAUUCAUUUAAUGAGGAACACCUGAGGCUCUAGUGAGGUUUAAACAAAGCUUCUCUGGUUAAAACAAAGAGCCCACAUGGUUAAAAAAAGAACAAAAAGCCACUUUCACAGAUCGUAUUUUUCUGGCAGGUUUUAAUUGAAGCAAAACACAGAGACAUGCUACGAAGUCUAGUUCCCGGGUGAUGAUUCCUUAUUAUUCAGUCAUUUUUUUGGGUCUGCUCUCCUGAAUCUAGACUGGAUUCAUUUGACUGAUGCUCAUUUUU